UUAUUACCUCAGUGCCGGUUGCGUAAACGCUGCCCACGUGCCGACGAACGAGAAAGCAAAAAGACAAAAAAGAAUGAGGACACCUGUGUGAUACAGAGUGAACAAACCUUCCUUCGCAAGAGGGAGGCGACCAGCUUCGUCGUCUAUCUCGGCCGUGCGGCGAAUGCACAGCGUGUCACUGUGCGGCGCACUGGGCUCGUGUCGCCGAAAGUUUCUUUUCACUGGCCCCGCUGCUGAAGUGCAGCGCCGCAGAGCAAGUUAAUCACGUCGGUCACCAAGUUGUCAACGACAGCCAUUGCAGCAGGCGCCUCUGCCCUUGGUCAGCUGGAGAGACGCGAAAGCAUCAUGGGACCGGCAAGAAAACCUGAGGUCAAGUUUACACAGAUAUUUAUCAACAAUGAAUUCGUCAACUCCAAAUCCGGCAAGACAUUCGCCACGUAUAACCCAGCUAAAGAGGAAAAAAUUGCCGAAGUCCAGGAAGGACUGAAAGAGGACAUAGACGAGGCUGUGAAGGCGGCAAGGCAAGCCUUCAAACGUGGCUCUAAAUGGCGCACCAUGGACGCUUCUGAGCGCGGCAUCCUCAUCAACAAGCUGGCUGACUUGUUAGAGAAGAAUGCCGACUAUAUUGCGAGCUUGGAGAGCUUAAACAACGGCAAGCCAAUCACGGAAGCGCAGAACGACGUGAAGUUUAGCGUGAAAUCACUGCGAUACUGCGCUGGAUACAGCGACAAGAUCCAUGGGCACACCAUUCCAGCAGAUGGUCAAGUUUUUGCUUAUACGAGGCGUGAACCCGUCGGAGUUGUCGGACAAAUUAUUCCGUGGAACGUACCCAUUGUGAUGUUUUGCUGGAAGAUCGGCUCCGCAUUGUGCACGGGAAACACGGUGAUUGUGAAACCAGCCGAGCAGACGCCGUUGACUGCGCUGUACGCGGCCAGCCUGGUGCGUGACGCUGGGUUUCCCCCGGGGGUCGUCAAUGUGGUGCCGGGAUUCGGGAAGACCGCGGGUGCUGCCCUGUCCAACCACCCGGAUGUCGACAAGAUCGCUUUCACUGGAUCAACACAGGUUGGCCGAAUGAUACUGAAAGCUUCCGGCGACACUAACUGCAAGCGGGUAUCCCUCGAGCUUGGUGGAAAAAGUCCUCUGAUAAUCUUUCCGGAUGCUGACCUGGAAUUGGCGGCGGCUGUGGCACAUCAUUGCGUGUUCGUGAACACGGGCCAAGUGUGCUGCGCUCCGACACGCACCUUCGUGCACAAGGACGUGUACGAGCAGUUCGUCGCCGCCUCCGUCAAGAUGGCGCAGGCACGGGUGCUGGGAGACCCCUUCGAAGAGACCACCCAACAGGGACCGCAGGUCAGCAAGGAGCAGAUGGAGCGUGUGCUGGGCUACGUGGAGGCCGGCAAGCGCGAAGGCGCCCGGCUGCAGUGCGGAGGCCAGCGCCACGGCAGCCGCGGCUACUUCGUCCAGCCCACGGUGUUCUCCGACGUGCACGACGACAUGACCAUCGCCCGCGAGGAAAUCUUCGGCCCCGUGCAGAGCCUCUUCAAGUUCAGCUCCACCGAGGAGGUCAUCGAGCGCGCCAACAGGACCACGUACGGACUCGCCGCGGGACUCUUCACCCGUGACCUGAACACGGCGCACACCGUGUCGCACGCCCUCCAAGCGGGCGUCGUUUGGAUUAACACGUUCAUGGAAUUGGGCGCGCAGACUCCGUUUGGAGGCUACAAGAUGUCAGGACUUUCACGUGAAAUGGGCGAAGAUGGCAUCCUGGCAUACACGGAAGUUAAGACGAUUGUGACGAAGAUAUCCGAAAAGAAUUCGUGAACAAGCUGGUUCGAGUAAGCCGGGGUCUGAUCUUCGAAGCUUCCCUUGCGCUCCUUUUACACAUUAUAUGGGCAACGUUGAAGUUGAAAUACAUUAUUGGCAUAUCGUACGAUG